AUGAUGAUGCGACCUGGUGCGUGUUUGCUGGUUUUUCUCCUGAGUGUUGCCUCUGUCUGCGUGAAAGGUGACGUGAAACCCGCUGAGAAACUUUUACAUGAAGCUGCUGCUUCGGAAUGUCCAACUGAAUCUCAAGGGCCUUGUCCAACUGAAGUAAAACCAGCAGUUCCUCAACCUCUUCCUGUUCAACAACCACAAGUACCUCGUGGUGGUGCUGAUUGUACGACUGGCCCUCCAUGUAGUACUAGUAGUAGCCGUGUUGCAACUACAGGUUCUCCUACUAAUUGUGAAAACCCUGCUAAGAAGGAAGGUUGCCCUGAAAGUGUUCCGCAGACUGAAACCAAUUGCGGUGAAGGUUCUGGUAAACCUUGCCCACCAGAGCAACAGGUUCUUACUCAAGCAAGAGAAGAACAUCCUGUUGGACAAAGUCCUCGAGGUGAUCGUGCUGUAAGUGGGUCUGAACCUCCAGAUUCUUCCGGUACAAAAAGAGAAGAUGGCACUGAUCGUCCUUCCACAGAUACUGAUCCUUCUAACCCUUCUCCUAAUGUUGCUGCUCCUGCACCUUCUGGUGAGAGUGUUGGUACGUCUGCAAGUGCAGCUCCACCUGAAAGCAGCGGCAACAGUGACGCAGGUGGCAAUUCAACACAACCGGACGGUGACGCAACACAAACGCCUUCAGCCAAUUCAACCAACGAGAGUGCAGCUGGUUCUGAAAAUACAACAACGGGGAGUGAAUCAACAAAUAACCCAGAAGGUGCUGCAGAAAAUACAGAAAACACGACCACCACCACCACAACAACAACAACAACACUUCCUCCUGAACUCACAAACAACAAGAAGGGUGAUGCAGACAGCAGCAGCAGUAUCAUCAGUUCUGUGUGGGUG